AUGGACGGCAUUGGCGUCUUGAUGACAUGCCCCAUGUUCGCCCACCUCGAGCAAGAACUGGCGAAAAGGUUCAAACUUUACCGGCUCUGGGAUUACCCUUCGCCGCGCCGGUUCUUCGAGACCCACUCGGGCUCGAUCCGGGCCGUCGUCGGUAACACCAAGGUGGGCGCCGACGCGGAGCUGAUCCACGCGCUGCCGCGGCUGGAGAUGGUGGCGACUUACAGCGUGGGGCUGGACAAGAUCGAUCUGGGCAAGUGCCGGGAGAAGGGGAUCCGGGUCGCCAACACCCCCGAUGUCCUGACCGACGACGUGGCCGACGUCGCCAUUGCUCUGAUGCUGUGCGUGCUGAGGAAGGUCUGCGGGUGCGACGCGUUCGUGAGGAGCGGGAAGUGGAAAAGUCGGGAUUUUGGAUUCACCACCAAGUUCAGCGGCCAGUCGAUCGGCAUAGUUGGGCUGGGCAGGAUCGGCUCCGCCAUCGCGAAACGAGCCGAAGCGUUCGGCUGCCCGAUCAGCUACCACUCCCGGUCGGAGAAGCCGCGCGUGAGCUACAAGUACUACCCGAGCGCCGUGGAGCUGGCCCGCCACUGCCGGAUCCUCGUCGUGGCGUGCGCGCUGACGGCGGAGACCCGCCACAUCAUCGGCCGGGAAGUCCUGGACGCGCUGGGCCCCGAGGGGGUCCUGAUAAACAUCGGGCGGGGCGCGCACGUGGACGAGCCCGAGCUGGUGUCGGCCCUGCUCGAGGGCCGGCUCGGCGGGGCGGGCCUCGACGUGUUCGAGAACGAGCCCGAGGUGGCGGAGGAAUUGCUCCGGAUGGACAAUGUGGUUCUCCUGCCCCACGUGGGGAGCGACACCGUGGAGACCAGCACGGUGAUGGCGGAUCUCGUGCUGGCGAACCUGGAGGCGCACUUCGCCGGAAAUCCACUGCCGACUCCGGUCAUAUGAUUCAUGGGAGGAUCGGAAUUUUUCACUGGUUAAAAGUCCUAUUUUUCCUAGCAUCUUAUGUUGGACUUCUUCUCGCUUGAGAGAAAUCCGCCAUUUAGCCCAAUUGGUUUCUGGUAAUUUUUUUUUUUUUUGCAAGAACGGAUCUACUAUAUAAUAAAUAGCUGCAUUUUUUU